AUGCGGUCCUUCUUUUACCACUUGAAGUUUGAGCUCUAUCCCACCUCCAGCCCCGCGACCGACGGCACGACGAGAACGAAAGGGAAGGCUCAGGCAGCAUCAUUAUCAUCUCUCAAUGAUCUCUGGCUUCCCCCAAAAGGCGCCGACAUCUUCGCCGAACUUCCUGCACAUUCGAAGAAGACUUCCAAAAAACUGAGCCCUUCUUACCGACCGCAGCCUUCGCCUCUGCAGUCAUUCGAGCCGCCUUACCCCGCCGACACCUACCGAGCGAGUAUACUGCGAACAUCGACCGAGAGUCCGAGCCCCAACCUCAUCGACUGCGGUCCAUCAAGGGUACCGGUGAAGGAGGAUAGUGGCAGCAAUAUUGAAAGGAUAUCUGAGAGGCAGUGGAGGGCGCGCACGCAGAGCUUCCCCCCUCCGCCUUCUUCAGUUGCAAUCCGGCCAGAGACGGCCGUGAGGGACUGGCGUUUCGGGCAGGUGAGCAUCGAGAGUAUCGACGUCGACUUGGAAGGCGACGCACACAGGUACCAGAUGGCGACCGAUGCGACAAGCUCGACCGCAGACUUGGGCGUUGGUCCGACAUUUGGCGGUACGGGAACGUCCACGAAGGCGAAGUAUGUACCGCUCGAAACGAAGAAUACAGAGGUCGGCUGGGGAGUGGUGCAUUUCUACCGCGAAGCAGAGGAUACGCCUGGCCUGGGACUGCCCCCUUCAGAGGACGAGGGCAUCGAGGCGGAAGAGUGUACGACUCUGUGUAUACCCGCAGUUCCCAGUUAUCUUACUCCGGGCGACUUUCUUGGAUAUGUCGGCGAGAAAUGGAGGGAUGACAUCAGUCACUACAGAAUGGUCAUGACGGCCAGGAUGAACCGUUACCUCGUGCUACUGAAGUUCCGGAACAGUAAGAGGGCACGCGAGUGGCAGAAGGAGUUUGACGGAAAGGUGUUCAACAGCAUGGAGGCGCAAGUUUGCCAUGUCGUCUUCGUCAAAUCGAUUACGUUCGAGACGCCCACAAGAGAGAACCGCACGUUUCCCGACCUCAAUCACGAUCCUUUUACAUCUUCCUCGUCAGUCGCUGCUUCGAGCAGCUUGAAACCCUUUCCUCCACCAACACCAAAUCUCGUCGAACUGCCGACCUGUCCAGUGUGCCUCGAGCGCAUGGACGAUACAACUGGUCUGAUGACUAUCCCCUGCCAGCACGUCUUCCACUGUACUUGCUUGCAAAACUGGAAAGGCUCAGGAUGUCCAGUCUGCCGACAUACGAAUCCAGAGACGGCAUAUGACCCGUCGAACCCGUAUACGCAGCCUUUCGGGUCGUCAGUAUCGAACCUUUGCAGUGUGUGCGACUCUUCAGAUGACUUGUGGAUUUGCCUCAUCUGCGGCAACGUGGGCUGCGGUCGGUAUAAGGGUGGUCACGCCAAGGACCACUGGAAGGAGACAGCACAUAGCUUCGCUUUGGAGCUGGAGACGCAGCAUGUGUGGGACUACGCUGGCGAUACCUGGGUCCACCGUCUGAUUCGCGACAAGGGAGAUGGCAAAGUCGUCGAGCUUCCAGGGAGCAACGGCCAUCAUCAUGGUCCUGAGGGUGGCUACGAGGAUACUGUCCCGCGAGCGAAGCUGGAUAACAUCGGUCUGGAGUACACCCACCUCCUGACUAGUCAACUUGAGUCACAGCGGGUGUAUUUCGAGGAAAUGCUCAGCAAGGUAGCAGACAAGGCCUCCAAAGCGGCCGCGACAGCCGAGACCGCAUCAUCGCAGGCAACCAGGGCAUUAGAAGAGAAUGCGACCCUUAAGGCGGAACUCACACGCCUCCGGACUCAAGUCAUCCCCCAACUCGAGCGCGAUGCGGAACGGGACCGCAACAAGGCUACUAAGGCCCAGGAGCUCGCCCGCAACAUGGGCAAGGCUCUGCAGGAGGAGAAGCAAGUCACACAGGGGCUAAUGAAGCGCGUGGAGCACAACAACGCCGAGGUCGAGGCGCUCCGGAAAAAGGAUGAGGAGUACAGGGCACAGAUUGCCGAGCUGGAGGAAAUGAACCGUGACUUGUCCAUGUUUAUCUCGGGGCAGGAAAAGCUCAAGGAGCUGGAGAGCGAGGGGAAAGUCGAGGCCGGGGAGGUUGCGGAGGGGAGUGUCAGUGUUCCUGAGAGGAAGGGGAAGCGGAAGGCGAAGAAGUGA